GCUCCUUCAGGCUGUUACUAAUACAACUUUAUCCGCAUAUUCGCGUCAAGCUCCAAACUCCAGUCAUUGAACAGCCAGCAACGCGAAAUCAUGGUCCACGCUCGAUAACCAGCUGGAGCGCACAGCAUGGUCAGGCGAGCACCCUUGUUCUGGCCUUCACCUAAUAAUCGCUUUGCCAUGAUCUAAACACCAAUUUAUACUCCUAUUCAUUUGAAGAUGUUUGAGAAGUCACUCUACGACCUCAUUAGAGGUCUCCGAAACCACAAGGGGAAUGAGCGGGAAUACAUCCAGUCGAGCUUACGAGAAUGUCGGUCCGAAAUCAAGAGCCAGGACAUGGACCUCAAGGCCACUGCCCUGCUCAAGCUGAUAUACCUCGAAAUGUUUGGUCACGACAUGUCUUGGGCUGCUUUCAAUGUUCUCGAGGUCAUGUCUUCAGCAAAGUAUCCACAGAAGCGCGUAGGAUAUCUGGGCGCUGUGCAGAGUUUCCGGCCGGAUACUGAUGUUCUUAUGCUGGCGACGAAUCUGUUGAAGAAGGACUUGACAUCUCCGACGCCUACUACUCUCUCUCUACCUCUUGGAACGGUUCCACAUAUAAUAACACCAUCCUUGGCACUCUCGUUAUUGUCCGACCUUCUCACCCGACUAACACAUCACAAUCCCGCUGUUCGCAAGAAGACUAUAGCAACCUUGUAUCGGCUUGCGCUGGUGUAUCCUGAAACACUACGACCAGCAUGGCCGAAGAUCAAAGAACGUUUGAUGGACGAAGACGAGGAUUCAAGUGUCACAGCGGCAAUCGUCAACGUUGUAUGUGAACUCGGAUGGCGAAGACCACAGGAUUUUCUUCCCUUAGCUCCUCGUUUGUUUGAGCUACUGGUAGACGGUGGCAACAAUUGGAUGGCUAUCAAGAUCAUCAAGUUGUUUGCUACAUUAACACCCUUGGAGCCACGACUUGUGCGCAAGUUGCUGCCGCCCUUGACCACUAUCAUUCGUACAACGCCUGCAAUGUCUCUUCUCUAUGAAUGUAUCAACGGCAUCAUCCAGGGAGGUAUAUUGGAAAGUGUUGAGGGAACAAGCGAGGGUGAAGAGAUUGCUGCGCUGUGUGUUGGAAAGCUUAGGGGCAUGGCUGUGGUGGAGGGCGACCCCAACUUAAAAUAUGUCGCCCUUCUUGCUUUUAAUAAGAUUGUCAUCUCGCAUCCUCACCUUGUGGCGAUGCACUCGGACGUCAUCCUGGAUUGCAUUGACGAUGCCGACAUUUCUAUCCGCUUCCGGGCCUUGGAAUUGGUUGUUGGAAUGGUCAACAGCGAAAAUUUGGUGGCUGUAGUCGGCCGUUUGAUGCGCCAGCUACGAAAUGCGCCUAACGCCUCGUCUGCCGACGAUCCUUUAAACAGCAGAGGUUUUCACUCGGGUAUUGAGCCAGCUGCAGAUUCGGAUGACGAAGAUCCAGAGGAAAGUCUGAGGGCAGCAGAUAAAAAGACAGAGCAAACGACGCCGCUCCCGGACGAAUACAGGGUUGAUGUCAUAAGACGCAUCCUUGAGAUGUGCUCCAAGGACACCUAUAGCAAUGUUGCCGAUUUUGAGUGGUAUAUCGAGGUGCUCGUGCAGCUUGUCAAGUAUUGCCCCGCGGCCACGGCUAUGGCAACGGGAGCGGACCCGCACAGCAAAGGUAUUGUCCAAGAGUCUACCUCUGAAGAAGACGUGGCUUUCAACAUUGGGUCAGAGCUCCAAAAUGUGGCCGUAAGAGUAAGGAGUGUCAGGCUAGAGGCUACGAGGACUGCUGAAACCCUCAUCCUGGUUGAACAACGAGACAAGCUAUUUCCCUCUUCAGGCCGAGGUGGCCAAGCAGUGCUUGGGCCAGCUGCCUGGAUUGUCGGAGAGUACGCAGAGCUCUUAGCUGAUCCGGGAUCAACGGUUUCAUCGCUUCUCCACUCAUCUUCCUCUACCCUCCCUGCGGAUAUACUUGCCGUAUAUAUACAGGCUAUUCCAAAAGUAUUCGCGUACAUUGUCCGUCAGGCCAGCAUGACAUGGAACCCUGAACAGAAGACCAUGACGUCCCUUCAAAUGGCUCGAAUAAUACACUUUCUUGAGCCCUUGGCUAAACACCCUAAUCUGGAGAUCCAGGAGCGUGCAGUCGAGUAUCUCGAACUCAUUCGACUAGCAUCUGAAGCUGCGGCCUCCCAGGCAGCUGGGGAGAUGGAGCAAGAUUAUGGUCCACCCUUACUUUUGACGCAAGCACUCCCGUCUUUGUUUGAGGGUUUCGAGCUAAAUCCCGUCGCUCCGGGAGCCCAAGCCAAAGUGCCAUUACCAGACGGGGUAGACUUGGAAACGCCUAUAAAUUCACGGUUGCAAAGUCUGUUGGAGACGGCAGACUAUGAGGCAGUUGGGGAUAGAGAAGACGAAGAUGAAUUCUAUCAUUUCUACAAUGAUAAGCCUACAAUCUCGAACGUGGCCCAGUCAGCUGCUUCAAGGCUUGACGCAGAAUUAAAAGAGUCGUCGUACCAGCAGGAGACUCCAAAAGAGUACUUGGAUCCCGUUCAAGCCGAGCGCAGAAAGGCAGAACGUCGAGAACGAAACAAGGACGAUCCAUUCUAUAUUGCGAAUGAGGAUUCCAGCUCCGCGGUCUCUACACCCCUACACAACAUUCUACGGGGCAAUAACGGAGAGGAAGUGGAUAUCGACUCUAUUCCAAUCAUGGACUUGGAUCUCAAUGGCGAGAGAGAUACCAAAGCCGCCAGGAUCGGUCAACCUGCGAAACGCAAACCGAAACCUCGCAAGACAUACGAGAUCACCGGUGAUGAAAACAUUGUUGUGGAGGGGCGUACUAGCAGCGCCAACCAAUCAGGAGAGAACACCCCGAACGGAUCAUCUGCGACUGACGCGAAGCCCAACCGUGGCAAAAAGUCCCUCUUGCAAGUUGAUUCUAGUGGACUUGGAACCGUCUCGCUUGGAGGCGAAGGCGACGACGACAGUGCAGGAGGCGUGCAGGACAUCCAGAAGCGCGAGGAGGAAGAAGCCGAGAUGGCGCGAGCCAUGAAAGAGGUCGAACGAUUGCGGCUGGAAAUGCAACGCGCCUCGGAGCGCGUCGAGGCCGCCAAGGACGUCCCACCCGAAGGAACAAUGAUUAAAAAGAAGAAGAAGAAGAAGCAAACGCGGCCAACAGAUGAUGCCGAUGCUACGAAGCCCAAGAAGAAGAAGAGCAGUAGUAGUAGCAAAAAGGACAAGACACCGGCACCGAACAAUGCCGACGCGGAGCACGCGGAGCAAGCUGAGCCCGUGUCUGCACUCGCUGAAGAGCCCAUUGUGUCCAAGCCAAAGAAGAAAAAGAAGAGGAGACCGGCUGAGAUUAUUGACGACGCCUCGCCUCAAGCAGCCGAGUAGGGAACAUACCUCUCUCUCGAGUUACUUAGGUGAUUCGAAGACUAAGGUAUCGAGUAACAUGAAAGAAUCUAGCGGCCGAAGUGUUCCCUUUGGAUUUAGCAUUUCAUUUCUUAUGCAUGUGUCCCUUAAUGGGCGACCUUAUUUUCAGUUUUCCAAAUUUAAUACCAUAGUGCACCUAUUCAAGACAUUCCAGAGAUUCAAGACAUUUGAAAUACGUUGUGAUUGGUCAAUAUUUGAGGACAGACGCAC